AUGAGAAGCCUGCCGUGCCUGCCGAAGUCAGCACCCAAACUCGGGGUUAUGACCCAGUUCCUGCCUUCGCCACGUUGGGCUCCGGGACGAGACGGAACGGUCUGUGGGCGGGAGAGCCUCACUGGGCCCAGCGGGGGACGCCGGAUGGACGCCCCCGUGGUUCUGCACACGCGUCAAGAGGACCAGAUCCCCAAAGUCAGCCUCGUGGAGGCUUCGGGCGACAGCGUUGAGCUCCGGAGGAGCAUCCGGGCAGACACAGCGACGCAUCCUCCUCAGCGCUUGCGCCUUCCUCCGGGAGUCGGUGCUGUCCUCACGCGGGCAGUCCCCAGGUCCGCAAGCCCCCUCACAGGCGUGUCUCAUCUGUAUUUGGAGGCGGUCCUCCGCAAGCGUGAACAAUGGGACAAUAGGAGGAAAGGCAUCCCCAUGAUCACCUGUCAGAGCUCCCUAGCUCCUACGUUCACCAUCCGAGAAGCCUUUGUUGGCCGCAUCCUCAAGCUCCCUGCCCUGAGCUCUAGGAGCCACGUGCCUGUGGAGGCAUCCUUACCCUGA